GGGUGGAACGAGGGGAGGACAGCAGACAAGAGAGCAAGCAAGCUAGAUUUUAUACUUUCACUUUUAACCGCAAGUUAUUUUGCCCGGACAGUCGGGGACAAGGACUGCACUAUCUACGCAUGUAGUUGUUUAACAGAGGCGGAGAGAGGAGAGUAAUUCUACAUUCGUAACCUAUAUCGAAAUAUACAUACACCGCGAAAGGGGGAAGACGGGGCAGAGGGCGCGUGGGAAAAGACUUCAUCGUAAGUGCUUUAAUUUAAGAAACUGGAAAUUCCAGAGUGAGGGAGAGAAGAAAGAGGGAGAGUGCGUUUGGAAAGUACCAGAUUAAUCAGGGGAAAACUAUUUCCAGGCUGGGAAUUCACAAGGACUGUGACAACGGAGGAAUAAGAGUUGACAUCCACGCAACGAAAACUAGUUUUAAACGGAAUACGGGCAGGCUCAGAUGAAAGUAUUGACAAAUUACAGAUACUGCAUAGUUUGACAGCAGUAGAAUUAAACACAACUUUGACUGAUAAUAAAAAAAAAUACCAACAGUGGAAGUAUAUACCAAGUGGCGACAACCUUGAUUUGACCAAAAAAGAGUUAAAUGCGCAAGAACGAUGGAGAAACGUACUCACUUUAGAAAAUGAAAGGAUCAUCAGUGUUAGUGCUGCUGUUGAUAUUGUCAGCCCAGGGAAGAGGUUGUAAUGAAUUUCUGAGGGGUGUUGUCAAAAAUCUUCUCACCACCAUCAAAACGACAGAACUCCGAGGAUUUCGUGAGGUUUUCCCGAAGAAUUAUGAGAUUUCUCACCAUUAUAAUGACAGUCUGCUGUGUAAUACUGACCCGUGCUGUGUGUUCAGCGCUGCUGUAGUUCUCUCUGAUUCCUGGUCCCAACUUCUCCUCCUCCUGUGGACUGAAAACGUGAAGUACUCCUUCAUUCGGGACCUAAAAGUAAAGCUAGAGAGUAUUGCCGACAGUAUUGCUGACAAGAAAUUUCGAGAAGACACAGAUCCCUCUCUGCUGCCUUCCGUGUCCUCCACCCCCGAGGCUCUUCUUCACUCCACCUCGGCUCUUUUUACAACAUGGCUGGAGCAGAAAUGCCUUGUGUCUGCAAAGCCCUGUGAGCUGCCCGUGCUGCUGCCCCCAAGCCUCCCGGAGGAGGAAUCACACGAAAUAAGAACAGAUGGGGGAAGGAAACAUCCCCAUCCACACCCGACAGUCUCCGUCAGAGAUGGGUGGAUGAGGGAAGGAGAGAAGGAGAAGCUGAGCGGCAUUGGAAUCCCUCCAACCGGCGGUUUGACGUCAGUGCAUCACUCUGACCCUUUCGGUGGUCCCCUCUGUUUUUGGCCUGUAUUGGUUGCUUUAAUUUUUUUGCAAUAGUUUUUUUUUUUAAUAUAGGAAGGCAUGGCGUGGUCAGAUAGGAAGCUCAAAAAUUUCAGACUGACAGUAGCAGGCACACCUUUAUUAGUUUUGGAAAAGUGAUCCUUUGUUUUACUCUAUUCAGUGCAUUGCAUCCUUUAACUUUGAAUGUUGCACAUGGUCCGGUUAUGCUCGAGGAAACCAGAACAGGAUAAGAAAAGAUACGACAAGAGAGCUUUGUUGUCAGCUCCAGGAAAACGUAUAACACAAACAAGAGAACACUGCAAGAGUAUUCAUUAAGUCCUCAGUCGCAUGAUGCCAGGUUUCCUUCCAGGAUGGUUCUUCCUCGGGUAGUGACACUUCCUUAAAUCAGAGGGCUAGUGCUGCCUGACCUUCCCGUGUAUGGAAGAACAAUACAGUCAUCAGCUUCAAGUAUCACACAGCUGAAAAAGUAACACAUAAUAAGCUAUCGGAGCCUUAAAUGAAGAAAUAAAUCCAUCCCCUCUCCUGCAGUCAGGAAGCUCUUACUGUUUGAUUCUGUUGUGGACAGGAAUGUCUUAGGACUCACUGAAUCUCAAUCCUGCUCCUGGGGCCCCCCUGCUCUGCACGCUUUCCAUCUUUCCCCGUUCUA